CUUCGUGGGCGGACUGGACUGGAGCACGACCCAAGAGACACUACGCAGCUACUUUUCCCAAUAUGGAGAAGUUGUAGACUGUGUUAUUAUGAAAGAUAAAACCACCAACCAGUCUCGAGGUUUUGGGUUUGUCAAAUUUAAAGACCCAAACUGUGUGGGGACAGUGCUGGCCAGCAGACCACACACCCUGGACGGCCGGAACAUCGACCCAAAGCCAUGCACACCCCGAGGGAUGCAGCCAGAAAGGACGCGGCCCAAGGAAGGCUGGCAGAAAGGACCCAGAAGCGAUAACAGUAAAUCCAAUAAAAUAUUUGUCGGUGGAAUUCCUCACAACUGUGGUGAGACAGAGCUCAGGGAGUACUUCAAGAAAUUCGGAGUGGUCACAGAGGUGGUGAUGAUCUACGACGCUGAGAAACAGAGGCCGCGAGGUUUUGGAUUUAUUACUUUCGAGGACGAACAAUCAGUGGACCAGGCUGUCAACAUGCAUUUUCACGACAUCAUGGGCAAAAAAGUGGAAGUGAAGCGGGCAGAGCCUCGUGACAGCAAGAGCCAGACGCCAGGCCAGCCGGGGGCCAGCCAGUGGGGCGGCAGGAUCGUGCCUAGUGCCGCCAACGGCUGGGCCGGCCAGCCCCCACCCACGUGGCAGCAAGGAUAUGGCCCACAAGGAAUGUGGGUGCCAGCAGGACAAGCGAUUGGUGGCUACGGACCGCCCCCUGCGGGAAGAGGAGCACCCCCGCCGCCCCCGCCAUUCACCUCUUACAUCGUGUCCACACCGCCCGGGGGGUUCCCCCCGCCGCAGGGCUUCCCCCAGGGCUAUGGCGCCCCUCCUCAGUUCAGCUUUGGCUACGGGCCUCCACCUCCGCCGCCUGACCAGUUUGCUCCCCCGGGGGUCCCUCCUCCACCAGCCACUCCAGGGGCAGCACCACUGGCCUUCCCUCCACCUCCAUCUCAGGCUGCCCCGGACAUGAGCAAACCCCCAACGGCCCAGCCAGACUUCCCCUACAGUCAGUAUGCAGGUUACGGACAGGACUUGAGUGGCUUCGGACAAGGUUUCUCAGACCCCAGCCAGCAGCCCCCCUCUUAUGGAGGACCCUCGGUGCCAGGAUCGGGGGGCCCUCCUGCCGGUGGAAGUGGCUUUGGCCGAGGUCAGAACCACAAUGUGCAAGGAUUCCACCCGUACCGACGCUAGCCGGCCAGUGGGGCGCAGCCGCGACGAAGACUCCGACCUGUGAUCUCGCGACAAUCACACUGUACCUGACAGAGGGGGGCGGGGCGGGCAGCAGGCUUCUGGAGGCAAGGCUGUGGGUGUUCGGACUGAAGUUUUUAAAUAUAUUUCUUUCUCUAACCCAUCAGCACAAUAAAAAAAAAGUCACUGGUUCAAACAACAGGGUUUAAAAAA